AUGGGCGGAGGUGGAUUACGUAUUUUGCCACACAAAAAGUGGCAUGUAUGGCGACGUGAGAACAUUGAAAGAGUGUUGAAAGAUGAGCGUGAGAAUGAGGAGAAAAAGCAGGAUCUGGAAGUGAAAGAACGAAGGCUAGCACAGGAAAAACGAGCUCAGCAGCUGCUAUUGACGGAAGGACAUGAUGAUUCUCAACAACAUAUUAAUUUAUUCCAAGCGGAAGAGGCACAAGCAAGUAGUAAAGAUAUUGUGAAGUAUAGUAAAAAGAAGACAAUUGGACAAGAUGAGACAUUGAAACGAUAUGGCAUUGUACCUUGGUAUGCAUGGACUGAAGAUGAAAAGGAGAAGAGGAAGGAGCUUACAGUGAGACAGGAGCGGAAGCGCAAGAGAGAAUUAGAAGUAGCAGAUCCAUUGAAGUAUAUGCGUCCAAAGGAGAAACAAGGACUGCGUUUGUCAUUUACUGCUCGUUCGGAACAAAGAUGCGGAAGCAGAUAUGAUGCUAGUGAGGAGGGACUGGAUGGUAGUGAUCGCAGAAAGUAUUGCGCUCGGUAUGACCGCUCUUCGGUGUCACCUAAACGUGGCAAUCAGCGUUACUAUAAUGGUGAAGAUGACAUUGACAAAGCAAGUAAACACCGUAAAAAGAAAAGCAAGAGCAAACACAAGCUUGGCAAAGAAGCAGUGCUACAAGAGCUACGCCGUGAACGGCAAGAGAGGGAAGCGUCUGAGCGACGACGCGCGGAAAGGCUCAUGUAUGGAUGA